CACGGCCUCCCUCUGGGGCACCAGCAUUCAGGACCGGCUGAGGAACCAUGUCCCCUUCCCUGUCUGCCUGCUUCUGUCUCGGGCUGUGUCUGGGGCAAGUGAUACAAGCUCAGAUGGCCCCAUUCCCCAAGCCCACCCUCCGGGCGGAGCCCAGCUCCCUUGUGUCCCAGCAUACGCUGGUGACCCUGCGUUGCCAAGGCCCCCCAGGGGUGGACCUGUACCGCCUGGAGAAUCUGGAAUCCAGGAAGUAUUAUGAGAGGCAGGCGGUCCUCAUCAUCAAAGCCAUGACACCGGAUUAUGCGGGACGGUACCGAUGCUCCUACCAGAAUGGGAGCCUCUGGUCUCCCCCGAGUGAGACGCUGACAUUGGUUAUCACGGGAAUCUAUGAGAAGCCCACGCUCUCAGCCCAGCCCGGCCCGGCUGUAUCCCCGGGAGGCGAUGUGACUCUGCAGUGUAAGAGCAAAUACAGUUUUGACCAGUAUGCUCUGUGCAAGAAGGGGGACAAGGGACAAAAGAAGCAAACGGAGAUGUGGUACCAGGCUGAUUUCUCGAUCAUCACGGUGACGGCGGCUCACAGUGGGACCUACCAGUGCUACAGCUUUUCCAGCAGCAACCCCUACCUGUGGUCGGCCCCCAGUGACCCCUUGGAGCUCGUGGUCAGAGAAAAAUCCUUUAUUCCUGCCUCUAAAAAAGAGACCACUGUGACAACCCACUCGGUACCCACAGCAGCAUCUUCUGCUGUCACAGAGCCUUCUAGGAAGAAUAUCAUCAUCUCUACACAGGGGACAAGCAUUCCAACUGGUGUCUCCCACCAGUACUACACCAAGGGUAACCUGGUCCGGAUAUGCCUUGGGGCUGUGAUUCUCCUUCUCCUGGUAGGGAUCCUGGCAGAAGACUGGUACAGCCAAAAGAAAUCCCUGCAGCACCAGGUCCGAGCUAUCCACAGGCCACUGCCACCCCUCCCACAGACCCAGAAAUGA